AUGACUACUGGAAGAGUGACUACAAAGGUGGAUGUUUAUGCUUUUGGAGUGGUAUUGAUGGAAAUAAUCACUGGUAGAAAAGCAUUAGAUGAGACUGUGCCAGAUGAGAGGGCUCAAUUGGUCACAUGGUUCCGCAAGGUGCUUGUCAACAAGGACAACAUUCGAAAGGCUAUUGACCAAUCCCUUGACCUCGAUGAGGAAACCUUUAAUAGCAUUUGCAGGGUGGCUGAGCUGGCAGGUCACUGCACUGCACGCGAGCCAUUUCAGAGACCAGAUAUGGGUCAUGCAGUUAACAUACUGAGUCCCCUCGUAGAGCAAUGGAAACCUUCUCGCCAUGAAGAAGAAGAAAGCAGCUAUGGCAUUGACCUCCACAUGAGCCUUCCUCAAGCCCUUCAAAGAUGGCAAGCUGACGAAGUUACUUCCACAAUGUUCGGUGGUCAGUCUUACAGUCAAACCCAUUCAAGCAUUCCUUCAAAGCCUUCUGGAUUUGAAGACACGUUUGAUUCAACAGAUUGUAGAUGACGGAAAAGCAGAAUCAAGAUCCUUAAAAACAAAGAAAGGGCACCCACCAUAUCAAGCAGGAGGUAAAAGGAAAGUUUGGUCACUGUUUGUCCUUUUAUUCACUGAAGAAUACAUUUAAAAUUUUGAUUUUUCCUGUAUGUAUGAUCUUUUGUUUGUUCUUCAUAUUGUA